CCCUCCAUAUACUUGCUCCAAGGCCUUACGGGUAGUCUGGUUGCUUCUCAUCAUAAUAGAAAGACAUUUCUGAAGUUUCUUUUACCUUUUCUAAAGCAUUGGGAGGAAGCAAAUGUGGCAAAUCUUACAUUUCCUAUUCUGUGCUGGUCAAGGUCAGUUCUUCCCUUUUCCCUGCUGCCCUAUUCAAUUUAUGAAGAUAUUGCCAAUCGGUCUUCCAGUAAAUAUCUUGCCAAAAAUGUUGAAGAUGUAUUGGAUCCACUGUUUAAACAGUUUUAAAUGUUUUGAUAACUUAUAAAACAGAUUAAGUUUCUUUAUAAUACAUAGCCUUAAGUAUAGCACAAAAUGCACCUUUUGAUUUGAAAUGUGUAUAUUAGCUGUUUCCUGGUCAAUAUUUUAAUUUACAAAUUUUUGCUAACUUUUUGUUUAUUAAUUUAAAAGCUUUUACAAACUUGCCAAUGAUUUUGUCAGAAUCUAGUAUGACCUCUUUAAUACUUGUUUGUUCUCGCUUUUUUGUAAUGGCAUUAGUUAAGAUUUAUAACCCUAAGUCUAGAAUGAGAGCUUUUAGGCUAUUGCACUAAGUACUAUUAAAAUAACAAAAAAAAGCCUUCCUGAAUGGGAUGAUUAUUCAUUAGGCAUUGCAAGACAAAGUCCACAGUCUUUGAAUUGCUCUUUGUUUGUGUAUAUACUGUGAAGCACCUCUAGGGUAGUAGUGCAACCCUUAAAUAACGUCUGGGUAGCCUUUUGCUCAUCAGGUACUAUGAGAUUGAAGAUCACUUACUUCUUACUCAUUGUAGUGUUUACUUUUAACUGUAAUUCCUGUGGGACUUAAGUUCUCAGACUUUAGUCCUACUGUAACUUUCCAUGCAGUGUCAGGUUUCCUAUUGCAUUACUGCUAUCAACUUCAGAGUUCAAGAUACCACUUGUUUGGCUUUCUCUUCUCUGAGAUGCAGCCUUGUAUGUGAAGUCUCCUAAAUCUGUGGAUUUUGGUUUUGCUUCCUUUUUUAAUGCAAGAGUUUUCUUCUCUCAGUUUAGAGCUCUUCUGUGGAAGCAUUCCUGAGUUAUUGCUUCACUUCUGCAUUGUUUUAAAAUUAUAAAUUGGUCAUUUCUGAGAUCAAUAAUUAAGUAUUGAUGUUCUGUGCUAGAAUCCUCUGUCUUUGCCAGCUGUAUGGACUGGAUUGCAGAGUCUUUUGAGAGAGGGUAGCAUUAUCAGACAUAGAGUAAGUGUAUGUAUCCAGCCUGUCUGUUGUUAAUAAGUUAUGCUUUCUAAUGGAAUUUAUCUCCAAGACUAUUGUAGAAUCACUGAAUAGUUGAGGUUGGAAGGGAUCGCUGGAGAUCAUCUAGUCCAGCCCAUCUGCUUAGAGCAGGUUGCUCAGGACCUUGUCCAGUUGAGUUUUGAAUAUUUCGGAGAACAAAGACUUUACAACCUCUGUAGGAAACCUGUUCCAGUGUUUGAUCACUCUCACAGUAAUUCUUUUUUAAUGUUUUAACUGAUUUUCCUGUAUUUCAAUCUGUGCCCAUUGCCUCAUGUCCUUUUGCUAGGUGCCAAUGAGAAGAGUCUGGCUUUGUCGUCUUUACCCCCUCUCCUCAGGUGCUGGAGAGAACCUGGAAAACACAAUGGCAGCCUUUCACCAUGCAGUUAAUAUAGGAACAGACAUGUUGGAGCUAGACUGUCAUCUCACAAAAGAUGAGCAAGUGGUUGUGUCCCAUGAUGAGAACCUGAAGAGAUCAACAGGAGUCGAUGUCAAUAUAUCGGACCUCAAAUAUUCUGAACUUCCUCCGUAUCUCUGCAAAUUGGAUGUCACAUUUCAGAAAGAAUGCCACUGUGAGGGUGAAGAUAACCGUAUUCCACUCCUGAAAGAGGUGUUUGAGGCAUUUCCGCAAACUCCUGUCAACAUUGACAUCAAAAUGAACAACAAUGUGUUGAUCAAAAAGGUUUCAGAGCUGGUGAGUCAGUAUAAGCGAGAGCACUUGACUGUUUGGGGGAAUGCCAAUUACGAGGUUGUAUCAAAGUGUCAUAAGGAGAAUGCUGACAUUCCCAUCAUCUUCUGUUUGCAACGCGUCCUCCUCCUUGUUGGGCUGUUCUACACUGGUCUGCUGCCAUUUAUUCCUUUCAAGGAAGAAUUUUUGGAAAUUCCAAUGCCUUCAAUCAUCCUCAAGCUGAAAGAACCACAAAAGAUGACAAGAAGCCAGAAAUUUAUUAUCUGGCUAGCUGACACAUUGCUAAUGCGUAAGGCACUUUUUGACCACCUCACUGCACGGGGCAUUCAGGUGUAUAUUUGGGUACUGAAUGAAGAACAAGAAUACAAGAGGGCAUUUGAUCUGGGAGCCACUGGAGUGAUGACAGACUAUCCAACAAAGCUUAAGGAGUUUUUACACAAUUAUCCAGUGUAAAGGAAAAAAGCAGGAAAGAUCUUGUAAAAUAGAAUAAGUGAGCCAAGGAUUUGCUUCAUCAAAAACAUUCUCAGCAAUGUACCCAUAAGUCAUUUUGAUGAGAGAGAUAAUUGGAUGGUCUGUUGCCUUGUUGUCAAGUUGCUAUAUAAUGUAAAAAUUGUCUAUUUAUUUUAAAAUAUUAAUUGCAUAGUUUACAUUUGUAAAUAGUUCAUUUAGCACAGGUGCACUUCACUAAUAGUGAUGACUAGGAAGAAAGUUUUUGGAUAGGAUACCUGUAGAUCAUAAGCAUUAUUUUACCUGUCACAUGUCCCUAAGCAGACAUCAAGACGUGACAAUUAUUCCAAUUGCUUUCUAGUGGGCAAAAACUAAAGAAUUUCUGAAAUUGUAGCCUGUGUGUAUUGCUUGUGUUGCUUUUAGUUUUCAGAUAACUCAUAGGACAAAAAGAAAAACAACACACAGGAGAAAUAGGAAGCAGAAUAUGUGGUUAUCCAGAUAGUUUAGCCUGCAAAGGGUAGUCAGUAAAGGUAGUCACUCUUUUACCAAAAUUAACUCACUUGGUCAGUAUAGAUUUACUCAAUUCUUUCUGAUAAGAAUGUUAAGUUUGAGUUGUGAUUGUAUUUGGUCCCCUUUUUGAUGUGAUGGUAAUACUGUAACUUACUGGUCAAGGUGUAGAUUAAGCAUUUAAGCUGGAUUCUGGAGUCACCUGCUGUGAGUUCUGGGCACCUCUACCAGAGUCUAGGUUUGCCCCUGGUUCUUCCCUGACCAGCUGCGCUACCAAGGCAUGGCAGCAGCUACUUUCCCAGAAGGAAGAUUACACUUUCUAUAGACUCUUUGAAAUAGUCUUUUCACAAGGGAAACCUAUGUUUUAGAAGUGUCUUUUGCACUUUUGUUGUCCUAACAUCCAUUGGCUUGAUGGAUGGGAAGUUGUUUUUAGGGUGAGGGACCAAGACUACUUUUAAGUUUGGUCAGGAGAUUCAGGAACGACUUAGAAGGUUCCUAGGAAAGUAACUUACCCAAAGCAGAUUUAUACAUAUACUUGUCAGAGGAGCAGGUGUCAAUCCAGGAUCUAUGUAAAUUUAUGGUAUUUUUCUCUCCACAAGAGUCCAUUCAAUAUUUGUGAAGUUUUUGUACAUGGACACGGAAAUAACUUUAUUCGCAAAAGUCAGGAAACCCCAAGUGUGACAGAACGAGGGUAGAUAGGAAUGCAUUUCUGCACGCUUACAUACCCUUCCGUCAUUGUGCAUGGGCAUUACGUACACAUCAAACAGAUUUGAGCCUGCAAUGCCGUUGUUUUUUGGUGCUGCUAUGUUAGUGUUAGGAUUUUUCAGAAAGAACUUGAUUAUUUUAGUCUAAUAACCUAUAUAAAGCUCAGUCAUUUAAUCAUCAGAUAUUGCUGGAACAAAGCUAUUGUUCAGUGAUGUCGUUAACUUAUUUUAAGACACUUCUAUGUAGAAGAAGUAGAACGAACUACUGCAUUUAUGGUUUAAGUGAACACACGGUGAUGGAGGCAAAUGAGUUAAUGGUGUACUUUUAAAUAUGUGUCUGAUUAUAAAUAGACAUAAAUUCAAUUUCCUCUUAAUUUAAUCAGGCUUGUUGCAUAUUGAACGGAAGAGAGGAAAAUGCAACUUCCUGACUGUUCAUAGGAAAAAAGAUGCAAUGAUUUAUUACAUACUAAGCUUCUUGUUUCCCCUUCAGACCAUUACGCUCUAGUCAGAUAACUGCUAAUAACCAGUCUAGUGACAGUCUUGCCUGUUUUCUAAUAGUCAGAGAAUAGUUAUAGAAUAGGCUCCAUAUGUAGCUCAGUAGGUAAAAGAAAAAAUUCUACCCUUUCUGUCUUAAUUUGGUUACUAUCCAGUGUCUCGCUCCAGAUAGUAAGUUUCUGUGUGAUUUGGAUUUUUUUCUGCUCAGUGUCAUUGCUAUCAGAUAUUCAAUGCACAUACUUUCAUUAAGAUGAAAACAUAAUUCUAAUUUUAGAGAAUACUACCAAAUGAUACUCACACUUUAAAAAUAAAACUGCUGUUUAAGAUGGGAAAACCUAAGUUGGACACUCUUGAUUUCUGAACUUGAGCUCUCAAGGGACAAGUUGGUUUCUUUCGAGUUUCCUUCAUCACUGCAUAAAUAAACUAUUUUGCUAUAUUCACUAUUGAAUCACAGAGCAUGGUUAUUAAUGACAAAUUUUUUUCAUCUUUUCAUUUUAAUCUUUUUUUAUAGCAGUGGGGGUGGAAACUUCUGCCUUCAAAGAUGCUCAGCACAUUCUUUGAUCACUAGUCUUCUUACAUGUGAUGUAGCUUUUGACUACCCUGUUUGUAUUUAGUCUCUCUCUCUUUGAUAAAUCUACUACUUGACUUACUCAAAUUUCAGAUAGUAAGUUACAUGUGAGGGAAGGGUUCAGAGCUGGAAAAACUACUGUAUUUGCUCCUAUUCACCCAUUUGGACUUUAGCAUGAGAACUAAAGUUUGAUCUCUUAACAGAGACAGAAUGUUGUAUGGAUGAGGCCAUGAAUCUGGAGCACCGUUGCAUAGAGCUUAGGCCUUGAUAAUUGUUUGUAAUAAAAUAAUAUGGAGCUGAGAUUACUGUACAGACACAUAAGAAUGUUCUAUCAACUCAUUGUUGAUAUUCCAGAACUUGCUGUGUGACUUUUUAUUUUAUUUUUUUUACCACUUGUACAGAAAAGCAUUUGUUGUGAUCUUGCACAGCUGUCCAGGAGGAUGUUUGGAGUUAGUCUGUCUCUCCAAGGAGAGAUUUUUUUUCAGGUAUUUUUAAUUCUAAAUAUUGUUUAAAACUUACUGUGUUCUCAAUCCUGUUGCAAAGUACGUUAUGUUUGAAGGAUGAUGCAUGUAUUCUAGGCACUUCUAAUUUGUGGAAAGUCUUGUGGACCUCUCUAGCUUCAAAUCUAUGAAGUGAUUUCUCUUUUCUUGUAAAGAAAGAUUGAUGCUCUUGAAAUGUGACACAUUAAAACAUCUUUGCUCAUAAAAGAUCUAAAAUUAAAUACUCAUUCAUUGAAA